AUGUGGAUCACGACAGGCGAUGGAAGCUUUACGUACACUGUCUUGAACGCGUGGGCGCUGGCGAUGGGCCUCGCACCGAACCCGUCGUUCACACCCAGCGCUCAUGGUCACGAAUCGUUCUUCAUCCGGGCCCAACAAAUCUUCGAUCUGGCCCUUCAAGACACGUUGAACUGGAGGGUAUUGCUCGCCUUUUUCCGCUGCACCGGAUUCGUUAAGCCCAGCGAGGGCAGCGAGAAUGAUGAAGAGGCAAAUCUCCCGCAUUUAUCAAGGCGAUUUGAUCUUUGUAACCGCUCCUUCCAGAAUCUAAUUGCUCGCCAAACGGCAGCAGACGCCGCCGCCGAAGGCAAGAAGAUCGAUAUGGAGCUGGUCACUUUGGGACUCGAGGAUGGAAUGCGCCAUGAUCAAGCCUUCGCUGCAGAUUCACUAAGCGAGCUCGAACGGACCAACCUCACUUCCAUCGUCCGUGAUGGCCAAUGGAACUUCAAGAGGACAGAGGAUCAACCGGACGAUGGUCUCAAUGAAAGUGAUCUCUUCCUCUCGCCGCCGAAUCCGCAUCUGGAUACUGACCCAGCCCCGAGAGACUUUGAACCUUGCGUGCAUCUUCGUGAGCAGCUCAAGACACUCAUUGAUUCGAAUCUGAUUGCAACAAGUACCGAGGGCGAUGAAGAGGGAGCGAGCAUCCUCCAAUUAUCAGAAUCAGAGGUCACCAGUGGUAUCAAGGCUGUCAUGCGAUCUAUCAAUGAUUUGCUCUCAUCUAACCACGGAUUCUCGUUCGCAGAAUUUGCCGGUACCGUGUCUUUCUCAGGUACACAGGGAGACCGCAACAGAGUAGUUUUGGUGUCUCACCAGCAUGAAGGACAUUUCAUAUUAGUGGUUCUCCAAUACGAGCUCAAGGCCAGCGCAAGUGAAGCCCGCAAGAGCGAUACGAUCGAGAGCGAAGUAGGCAAGAGCAGACCGGACAAAAGAAAAACAGGCAAGAGCAAGGACAGCGAAUACGUCGCCGUCACACGUGUAAUUGACUCUGCGCCAUGGACAAUGACGACAGGCGAGCGCGCCAAAAUCCAUGAGCAACUGAAAUCAAGUGGCCUAUUGACAGCUGAAAAGGAAGAGUUCCCGGAUAACGAGAUACUGACACUGAAGUGGAUAGAUGGGCCCCAGCAAACGCGUAUUGAAACAUCUGGCUACUUCACAGUCAUCAGCGCGUGGGCUGUACUACUCGGUCUACCUAUCAACAAUGACUUCCAACCUAAAGAAGAUUUUUUUACCCAAGCUUCAUGCCUAAUCGAAGCUAUCAAAGACGGACAUGCAGACUGGAAGCUGAUCUGGGCGUUCUUGCGCUGCGUUGGCUACACUCUGUCAGACCAAGCACCUCCAUCGGAGCGACGAUUCAAAUCUCGUCGCAACGUCGAUGCUAGUGAGCGGCGAAAGUUCAAAGAAAGCAAGACCAUGUUGCAGAAACGGAGAAGAAAGGCCUGGGGACAGAAUUACAACUCAAUGAUGGCGAAACUGCCGCAUCACAUUCUCAGAUACCCACACUUUUCGGUUUCGGUGAACACAGGAUUAGCGCACAACGAAGUCUUCCCAUGGGAUGAUUACGACGGACCUGAAAGAAGAGCACGUAUACCCGAGCUGAUCAAAUCUGGAAAGUACACCAGACAUUUGCAUACUACACCUACAGACCCCAAUGCAAAUCCACUUGCAAACCCAACCGCAAAUCCACUUACAGAUGCAGCUGCAAGUCCAGCUGCAAGUCCAGCUGCAAAUCCUGCACAGUUGCCUAACUCGGCAAAAGACCCGAAGACAGGAGCCCUAGUCACCACAGGUGGGCAUGUUGUAGCAGGUGUGGUGGAUCCACCUGCGGACGACAAUCCCAUCCCGAAGGACCUGAGCCUCUUUGACGAAGUCGCUCGCAUCCCAGAACUUCAACGUCUCAGCACUUUUGACAAAACGCUUUCCCGUGAAGAGAUACGGAAGCGCUACGACGCAUCAGCCAAAGACUUCCAACCAUGCGAACAUCUUCGUCGCACAUUGCAGAACUUGCUGGCAAACGACAAAGUCAAGGAAGAGGUGAAAACCUUUAGAAGUGGCGAAAGAGUAACGACCGAGUUUGGGAAAUGGCUAUCCGACGAGGAGGUGGCCAUGCACACCGCUGCGGUCACUUUGGCUAUCAACGACACGCAGAGUAUCGAAGAGGGUUACAGCGUUGUGUCGCCGGCAACUGUUGAGUUAUGUAAAGGUGUUGGCGCCAGCGUGACUCCCGCACUUCGACCCGGCCGUCCUCUACUCAUGCCAUUGUACUCAGAAAGUCAUUUCGUCCUGGUAAUUGUGCAGCUGAACGAAAAGGGCUUACCCGAAAUAUCGGUUCUCGACUCGUUGUUCUACCAUUACAACGCUUUUCAACGUAACCACAUCUUCGAGAUAGCCUGGAGGGUAGUAUGUCGUACGGCUUGGUACAGGCGACAUUUCCCAGAUGAAGCUACUUUCAAGAACGCCAAGCCUUCUCAUGCAACUUGGGUCAAAACCGCUCUUCAACCGAGUACGAAUGAAUGUGGCUAUUUCGUAAUGCUCAACGCCUGGGGACUGGCGCUAGGCUUGGAGCUCAAUCCUGCGGUGCGACUUAAAUGGACAAAACCGUUCUUCGAUGAGUUGUAUGAUGUUAUCAGUCUUGCGCGUUUGGGUCACGCAGACUGGAAACUCAUUUUUGCUUUUCUACGAUGCCAUGAUAUCGUACGGAAUGGCUCUGUACCCGAGAACAGGCGUUUUACCCAAACUCAUGCCAUACAAAACGAAGACAGAAUGGUAGAAGAUUUGGGAAGUCUUGGUGCUAUAGAGCUGAUAUACUGGCAAGAGCGGCAGCAGCCCACGCCUGAAGAAAAUGCGAGAAUGCGACGCUGUAAUCGCGUUCCAGGCCUCAAUGGUUCAUCACACAGCCAGGCUGGCGGCUUCCCUUCCGACGAAUGGACGGGUUCAAGCAAAUCGAAGUUUGUACCUCGCCUUCAGCAGCUGGGCAUCCUGAAUGUCAACCAUGACAGCUCCCAAUUGGAAGAAGCUCAUGAUGGCUCGUGGGGGAUAGCCUGCGAAAGAUUUCUCAACUCCGUCCCAGGGUCUAUCGCCGAAAUGACACGAGAUACAUUGAUACAAAGUUUACGAGUUCACCUCGAAAACCACUUUGCUGAGGUGGGAAAACAUUAUAAGGACACAUUUGCAGCAAGGGUAAGAGAUGUCUAUCAGACUUAUGUCCUCCUCAUGCAAAAACAUGACGUACGGCAAUGUUUCGGGGAUAUCGGCGUUGGGGUUACAAAGUCGGCCAAGCAUGACUGGAAACAACCCCUACACGAUUCUGAAGUGAAUUUGGCCAUCGUGUCGGUUCUGGAGGCCAUCGAUAAUCUCCAAUCUGAUGCCCAUGGGCGUACAAACUCUUCGAGCCUCUUCGCUGGAGGCUUUACGUUGGCAACGUCCGCCAGUCUGGCAUUCGCCCUCUGUUCCAAUGAUUCCGACAAGAAUUCCUUCGACAAUCUGGUGCUUUCGCGCCCUCGAAGGGCUUGGUUGAUGCCUUUGGUAGUCAGUAGCGGUGGCCUGUUGGAUGAGUUGAAGAACUGGGCGAAGGGAAAGGGUAUGAAAUGGAAGCCCCCUACUAACAGCCAAGCUGAAGGCCAUACGCUCCUCGUCUUGAUCCAAGAAUCGUUCAACGACGAGACCGACGAUUAUCCAGGCGAAACGCAUUUCGAGAUAGUAUUCAUCGACAGCUGUCAGAGAAUCUUCAAAGACGUGCAAGGAUUCUUUUUGGAGCGUAUCAGCAAGGCUCAUAAACGCCUCAAGUGGUCAGACCAUCGCCGUGUUUGGGAUGUUGUUCCACCCAGGGAGAUUCCUUCUGAUAUACAAGUGCCUCAGCAGCAAAACGGCGGCUGGCAAUGCGGACAUCACACGGUGAUCAACGCUUGGAUAAUCGCCUUGGGCCUUCAUCCCAAAGGAGACGCAAUUUACAAAGAGAACGGAUAUAAUCUGAUCUACAGACUCGCUCAAAUGGCCACCGCUGGCUUACUAGACUGGCGUACGCUUGCCGAAUUCCUUAUCAGCAAAAGGCUUACGAUAGAGACGAGUGCAGACGACGUACCAGAGUCUCGCCGGUUCAAGUUCACUUGUGCUCAAACCAAUGAGAGUGCGCUGGAUGUGAGGAUCAGAGAAUAUGCACUUGUAGACACUGCUCUUGGUACAUUACCGCCGACAGACACACCUUAUGACCACAAUACCAACUUUGUUCCUAUCCAAGAGGAAGAAGAAGAGGAAGGGUUAGCGCGAGAGUUCGAGGAUAUGAAAUCAGACUUCCCUGAAAAUCGGAGGAAUGCUAAAAGAAAACUGCGCGACGAUGGUAGCGACGGUCUCGCUCUGUGGGAUGAUGUAGCCGCUGGGCGGGAUGGAAGACAUGUUACUGCGGCCGACGCGCCGCGUCGAAGCAAGAGACAAAGGCUGUCGAACGGCCUCUCUUUUCUCGACGCGUACUAA